AGCAUUUCGAAUGAUGUUUAACAUGCGCAAAUACUCAACUUGCUCCGCUUCCUCUGUCACGUGACGUACGAAAUGUAGCACGUAUGAUCACCAAGGCUGAAAGAACGGAAUAGUGACACUCGGUUUGAAAAAGGUAGCAAUAUUCGAGUUUCGAAAUUUGAACAAGUGCUACAUUUGGCUGUUCAAGUGGAUGAAGAAGUGGCCUGAAUGAGCACCUUCUCCAAAAUCGUUUGUCCCCGUGUAUAUCAACAAGGUGAUUGAUUUGUUGAAUGAGUUGCCAUCAGCAGUAGUGGAGGCCAGGACUAUAUGAGGGGAAUCAACAGUUUUGUAAGGACUCUCCUUGGAGUAGUUAUAGAAGUAAUUGGGGAAAAUGGAGGAACUGGAUUAGUACAUUUGGGGCCUCUGUGAAUCAUGAGAAGGCCUUUGAACCCUGCAGCUAAGUGUUUUUCAGAUUGUCCUGACACAGUAAAUCCAGCCACAGAUAUUUCCUCUUGUUGUUGUUUUUCUCAAACUUGUGAUGUAGAUGUCCAGGAUAUGAUGGAAUUAGGAAAAGCACUAAAUUGGUAUCAAAAAAAGAUUGGAGCAUAUGAUAAACAGCUGUGGGAAAAAUCUGUUGAACAACGUAUUCUGCGGGGAGUGAAUGCUAUACCCAAGAAGACAGCUAAAAUCAAAGCAGAUCUAAUUGACGUUGACUUGGUUCGAGGUUCUUACUUUCCAAAAGCUAAACCACAACACAGUUGGCUUGCAGCUACAUCUUCUGGGAUCUUAAGGUUGUUAUUGUUCCCAAUAUUCUUCAGAUGGUGGAAGUUACAAACAUGCCCCCUGGUGGUCACAGUUCUUUUAGUUCUCUAUUUCCUGCAGAUAGUUGCAAUCAUUUUGUAUACUACUGGAGAUAAUGAGUUCUCUGCAGUUCCAUUAUCAGAGGUGACAACCCCUGUUGUGAUGAUGCUGGUCUUAGCAGUUAUCCACUCCCAUAUUGUAGCCACUUUAAAUAAUAAAAGUUCUCACACUAAAAUCCCACAAGCAAAAAGUAGGAAGAGAUUAAAGAGAAAAUCACGUCUACGAAGCUCUGCUGAUUAUGAAUCCAAAUCAUCUCCUGAAACAGCUUCAGAGGAUAGAGCUGACCACUCCCAAAAUUGUCCAGCAUUUCAUUCUACCUCUUUUGAGUCAAAAGAAAAACCAGGUUAUCCAAACUCCAAGUCUAUGUUAACUGGAAAGGGAAAUUAUAAGCAGGGUUUAGACCUCAGUCAAAAAACUAAAGGGUGUUUUCUGGCAGCUAAAAUUGGGAACCGUAAUGUUCUAAGAGUGGCUUCUUCUAAUAGACUGAAGAACUCAGAUGAAGAAAGUGGUUUAGACAGUAUAGAUCUAGCAGAAUCUCCUGUAGAGAAUGAAAUAUUUAAUUUUGGUCAACAUGCACCUCAGUGUUCAAAUCUCUGCUGUGAUGGUCAGAGUAGUGGUUUUAUCGAGGUAGAACAGGAUGACAAAAAAACUCCAAACCUAAAGUUGUUCCAGCUAGUGUUUUUACUGAUGCUCAAUCCCUACCCACAGCUCCCACAAAAGAUGUACUACAGCUUGACUAAGAGGAGUGAUGAGGAUGGUGCAUCUGAGGCAGACCGAGAUGUGCCACAAAUUCUAGUACAGCAGGAUGACAUCACCAAUUUAAAAGAAGAAUGCUCUGUGAAAUACCAACAAACUGAUAAGCCUUCAUCCAAAAAUGUGAUGCUUGAUAUAGAAGACAUUAAAGAACUGGGGCCUGAUUGGCCGGAGCAAGAUUUUUUAAAAUCCAUUAACUCCAAUCAGACAUGGGAAGAUGAUAAUGAUGAAAAAACCUUGAUAUGGCGAAGGUUUUCUGACACAGUUGAGAAUAGGAGAAGAACUACGUUGGAAGCCGAGAGUGAAAGCCAGUUUGAGAAAUCAUGUAGAAGGUAUUCAGAAGAUAGCAGGGUUACUCCUAGAACAAGAAACAAGAUAGGCCUUUCCCUAGACUUAAACACAAAAAAUAGAAAGUCUAAUGUCAUUAACAGUAUCCAAGAACGAAGAGAUACAUCAAGUUUACUUCAUCUUUCACCUCACCCAAUUACUGAAAGGGGGCAUUAUAGCUCUUGUGAAUCAGAAGUUGACACCACUUGUCCAAAUACUCCUACCAAGCCUCAGACAUCUGAUUUAGAAUGGCCAAUAAUCACCAAUACUGACUGCAACAGUUACAGCUCAGAUUCUACAUCUGAAGCUUCUGAAGGAGGAGAGGAUGAAGUUGGUUCCUGUGAUGAUCCAUUUGCAUGGGAAUUCCAUGAGGCUUCUCCCCAUCCUGUUACUGGCAACUACACUGGUUGUGAAAAAGGCAGACGCUCAGGAACAGUGAGCUGCACAAUCUGGGAGCGGAAUGAAUGCAAGAAAGUGGAUCUAACAGUCUUGGAUAUCAGCUCAGCCAUUGUAAGAAAAGUGGACUUCAGCACUCAAAGCAACGAGUACCUCAUCAUUGGCUUAUUAUUCAGCAUUCUUGUAUCGCUGCUUCCACUACUCUACAGGCUUCAGAACAGUGUAGCUUGUGAUGCCCUGCAGGAUGUGACUUCUGAUGUGUUGGAACUUAAUAUGCCUAGUACUGAUGAGGUAGCUAGAGUGACUGAGAUUCUACAAAAGGUUGUUCUGGGGUCUUCUUGGAGGAUGAACUUGGUGGUUUUGAUUGUAGCUAUUGAAAGAUUCACCCUCAGUGUGUUUUACUUCUUCCUAUUGUCAGUGGCAGAAAGAACUUUUAAACAGAGAUUUCUGUAUGCCAAACACUUUUGUCACAUUACAUCAGCUCGACGUGCUCGUAGAUUUGAUCUUCCGCAUUUCCGUUUAAACAAAGUUCGUAAUAUUAAAACUUGGCUUUCUGUACGUUCCUACCUCAAAAAACAUGGUCCCCAGAGAUCUGUUGAUGUAAUAGUCUCCACAACUUUUAUAAUUGGAAUUUGCAUGGUGUCUUUCUUGUGUUUGCAGCUACUGAAAGAAAGUGAUCAAUUUGCUGAACGUCUCUACUGUUGGGAAGCAUUCUGCUGGUGUUUGUCUUUAGGUAUCUUCCUAAUGAGAUUUAUGAUCUUAGGAUCCAAGUUAAACAAGAAGUACCGCAACUUUUCUGUGCUUAUUACAGAACAGAUUAAUUUGUAUCUUCACAUGGAGCAAAAGCCUCACAAAAAGGAGGAGCUUAUGUUAGCAAACAAUGUUUUAAAGUUGGCAUCUGACUUGCUGAAGGAACUGGAGAGUCCCUUCAAGAUUUCUGGACUUUGUGCCAAUCCCUACUUGUACAACAUUACGAAGGUUGUAAUCUUAUCAGCAUUUUCUGCAGUGCUGACAGAACUGCUAGGUUUUAAGCUCAAACUACACAAAAUUAAAAUCAAAUAAAUUCUUUUUAUUUAGAAAAUUAUGUUUCAAAAUCAUACUAUGGUCACAUUAAGUUGUCAUUCCAGAAAGUAAACCUAUUUCUUUUAAACUUUUAUUUGGUAUACAAGUGAAGAAAAUGUAAGACAAAAUUAUGAGUAUCAGGUAAUAGUAUUUGAUAGUUGAUGUUAUGAUAGAUUAGAUAUAAUAGUAAUCUCCAAAAUUAAAUUUUUAUCUCAGCCAUUCCAGAAGAUGUUAUGUAGAUGUUCUUAUUUUUAAGUUUUGAAAGUAUAUUCUCCAACUGAGUUGAAUAUAUGAAGCUUAGUGUACUCUUGUAUAUAAGAGCUAUCAGAACAUUAUAAUGUUCGUGAAUCAUCUCAAGAACAUGGUGAAAAGCUUGUUAUAUAUACAGCAUUAUAGCCAUUAGAUAUAAUAGAUAUAUAUACAUACAAAGUACUUUGUACUUGUUACCUAGGUCCUUUUCACUUGUUGUCCUACAAUCAAAUGUGAUAACAUGUACAAUAUAAAAAAAGUGAUAUCCAUUGACUUUUAUUUAAAGUGCUGUGAAAGUCUUUUUUUUUUAAUUACAGUGAGAUAAAGAUAACUUUGUGUUCAUGAAAAUGUGAUUUACAAACCAGAACUUGAAUGUUUGAAGAGAUUAUCUUAAAAGCUGUUGAUUGCAAUUUAAGAAAAAUUAUGUCAAUUUUAAAAUGAAACAUUGUAUCAUGAUUAUUCAACAUCAUAGCCCAAGGAACGUAAUUAAUUUCACCAUUUUUUUAAAUUAAGUAAUAAUUUUUAUAUUGGGGUUUGAAAGUAUAUUUUUCAUUUAUACAGUUGUGCAGUUGAUAUGUUCAUAACAAACUACAAGGUUGGGGCUAUUAAUUGUUUUUUUCGUUCAUUGCUAUAAAACUUUUUUUCAUGCAUUUAUUUACAUUAGUUUGAAAUAUUUAUUGAAACAAAUAUCAACAAAAAAAUUGUGGUUGUCAUGAAAUAAAAACUAGUGCCUGGUGCUUGUAUGCUUAGAGUUUUGACAUACAGAUUUGUAAUAGAAGUCUUAUGUGUUAAAACCUAAAUGUGAUUGUUGUUGUUGUUAUUGCAUUGUGAAGAUGUCCUUCAAACUUGUAAUUUUGCAAAAUUUCUUUUUUCUUCUAAUAAGGAAUUUUUAAAUUGUGAAAUACAAGCAGAAUCAAUGUGAAAUGUUAUUGUCUGACCUAUCAUGUCCGAAAUAAAAAAAAAAAAAUCCAUGGAUAUCUUUAACAGAAUAUUUGUGCAGCUGGUUACCUAACAAGCAUAUGUUUUUCUCACUGUAUUUCUUUUCUAUGUUCAAAAAUGACGUUCAAAAUGGUAAUAAAAAAAAGCUUUUUAUUAA